GCUCCAUUCACGCCUUUUUCCUGGUCGGGUCGUAACAGUGCUGCCAUUAUGGCUCACGUUGGGUUGACAAAGCCAACGUUGUUUGCUUCCAUACCAGAGCCGAGAGCGGGCGCAGUGACGCUCUCCGGCUCGUUUGAAGCCUGUUAAAACGGCCGAACGGCCAUCUCGCCAUUGGGAGCCAUACUUACUAUCAGGCUCCCGAGUGACAUUCGGCUACAGCUCGGGCUUCUUCGGGAAAAGCGUCAACUUUAACCCGGACUCGAUGGCGCUGCCGUUGCCGCUUUGAGCGGAGAACGUGAACGCCGAAUUCGACACCGGAAGAAUCGACAUGGAGGACGGAAAACCGGUGUGGGCGCCGCAUCCGGCCGACGGCUUCCAGCUGGGAACCAUCGUGGAUAUCGGGGCGGACAGCCUGACCAUCCAGCCUCUCAAGCGGGACGCCAAGACGUUUGUGGCCGCCGUCAGUCAAGUGUUUCCCGCCGAGGAUGACGUCAACAAACACGUCGAGGACAACUGUUCUUUGAUGUACCUCAACGAAGCCACCCUGCUCAACAACGUGCGUGUCAGAUACAGCAAAGACAAAAUCUACACGUUCGUGGCCAACAUCCUGAUCGCCGUCAACCCGUACUACGACAUCCCGAAGCUGUACUCUCCUCAGACCAUCGAGGAGUACCGCGGACGCUCGCUGGGGACGCUCCCGCCCCACGUCUACGCCAUCGCUGACAAGGCCUACAGGGACAUGAAGGUUCUGAAAAUGAGUCAGUCCAUCAUCGUCUCAGGGGAGUCCGGCGCCGGAAAGACGGAAAACACCAAGUUUGUUCUCAGGUACCUCACGUCGUCGUACGGGACGGGCCAGGACAUCGACGAGAGGAUCGUGGAGGCAAACCCGUUGUUGGAGGCCUUCGGGAACGCCAAAACCGUGCGCAACAACAACAGCAGUCGCUUUGGCAAGUUUGUGGAAAUCCACUUCAACGAAAAGAACACGGUGGUCGGGGGCUUCGUGUCGCACUACCUUCUGGAGAAAUCUCGCAUCUGCCGCCAGAGCGCGGAGGAGAGGAACUACCACAUCUUCUACCGCCUGUGUGCCGGCGCACCGGACGACAUUCGACUCAAGUUUCACCUCAGCUCUCCGGACACGUUCAGGUACCUGAACAGAGGAUGCACUCGCUUCUUUGCGUCCAAGGAGACGGACAAGCAGAUCAUGGAGAACCGCAAGAGUUCAGAGCACGUGAAGGCAGGCCCCCUGAAGGACCCCCUGCUGGACGACCACGGCGACUUCCAGCGCAUGCUGGUGGCCAUGAAGAAGAUCGGCCUGGACGACGUGGAGAAGUUGGAUUUGUUCCGCGUGGUGGCCGGCGUACUGCACUUGGGCAACGUGGACUUCGAGGAGGCGGGGAGCACCUCAGGCGGCUGCAGCAUCAAGAAGCAGUCGGGCCAAACGCUGCAGCACUGCGCUGAGCUCCUGGGUCUGGACCAGCAGGAGCUGCAAGGAAGCCUCACCUCCAGGGUUAUGCUGACCACAGCAGGGGGCGCCAAAGGAACCGCCAUCAAGGUUCCUCUGAAAGUGGAGCAGGCCAACAACGCUCGCGACGCUUUGGCCAAGGCGGUGUACAGCCGACUGUUCGACCACGUGGUCACCAGGGUCAACCAGUGCUUCCCUUUCCAGUCGUCCGCCAACUUCAUCGGCGUGUUGGACAUCGCCGGAUUCGAGUACUUUGAACACAACAGCUUUGAGCAGUUCUGCAUCAACUACUGCAACGAGAAGCUGCAGCAGUUCUUCAACGAGCGCAUUCUUAAAGAGGAACAAGAACUGUAUCAGAGAGAGGGCCUGGGGGUCAACGAGGUUCACUACGUAGACAACCAGGACUGCAUCGACCUGGUGGAGGCCAAGGUCCUGGGAAUCUUGGACAUCCUGGACGAGGAAAACCGGCUCCCCCAGCCCAGCGACCAGCACUUCACCGACACGGUCCACAGCAAACACAAGAACCACUUCCGCUUGACCAUACCGAGGAAGUCCAAGCUGGCAGUCCACAGAAACGUGAGGGACGACGAAGGAUUCAUCGUCCGGCACUUCGCGGGAGCCGUCUGCUACGAGACGAACAAGUUUGUGGAGAAGAACAACGAUGCGCUGCACACGUCGCUAGAGUGUCUGCUGAGCGAGUCCAGCGACCGAUUCAUCCGAGAACUCUUUGACAAUGCCAACGACGCCAAGCAGAGAGCCGGAAAACUGGGAUUCAUCAGCGUGGGAAACAAGUUUAAGACUCAACUGAACAUUCUCCUGGACAAGUUGCGCAGUACGGGUUCCAGUUUCAUCCGCUGCAUCAAACCCAACUUGAAGAUGGUCAGUCACCAGUUUGAGGGAGCGCAGAUCCUCUCCCAACUGCAGUGCUCAGGUAUGGUGUCCGUGCUGGACCUGAUGCAGGGCGGCUUCCCCUCCAGGGCUCCUUUCCACGAACUCUACAACAUGUACAAGCGCUACAUGCCGCCCAAACUGGCACGCCUCGACCCGCGCCUCUUCUGCAAGGCCUUGUUCAAAGCUUUGGGUCUGGACGAGAAGGACUACAAGUUCGGACUGACUCGAGUGUUCUUCCGACCCGGCAAGUUUGCCGAGUUUGACCAAAUCAUGAAGUCUGACCCGGACCACCUGGCAGAACUGGUGCAGCGCGUCAACACUUGGAUCAUCCACAGCCGCUGGAAGAAGGUCCAGUGGUGCGCGCUGUCCGUCAUCAAGCUGAAGAACAAGAUGUUGUACCGUCGCGGCGCCUGCCUGGUCGUGCAGAAGACGGUGCGCAUGUGGCUGUGCAAGAAGAAGCACAAACCGCGGAUCGACGGGCUGGUCAAGGUGCGCCACCUGAAGAAGAGAAUGGCGCUCUUCAACGAGGUGGUGGCGGGACUCAAGGAGGGCAAAGAGGAGAUGAGCGCCCAAGUGGAGCGGCUGGACGGCGACAUCCACGCCCUCAUGCUCAAAAUCAAAGGCACGGCGAUGCGGCGAGCCGACAUCGAGCGCGAACACCGCGACCUGGUGGUGCGCUCGGAGCAGCUGCUGAGCGCCCUGCAGAACAAGAAGAAGGAGGAGGAAGAACGCGAGCGUCUGCGCCGCAUCCAGGAGGAGAUGGAGAGGGAGAGGAAGAGGAGGGAGGAGGAAGAGCGCCGCCGACGCGAGGAGGACGACGAGAGACGGCAGAAAGCUGAGAUGGAGAUGAAGAGGAAGCAAGAAGAGGAGGAGAGGAAGAGGAGGGAGGAGGAGGAGAAGAAGCUGCAGCUGGAAAUCUCGCAGCAGCUUGAGGCGGAUCGCGAGGAGGAACUCUCGCGUCAGGCGGUCCUGGAGCAGGAGCGGCGAGACCGAGAGUUGGCGCUGAGGAUCGCGCAGAGCGAAGCAGAACUCAUCCCGGACGAAUCGCAGAGCGACGCCGCCCUCCGCAGCGCCGAGUCGUCGCUUCCUUCGUCUCCGGAGCGAGCAGCCGGUUCCGCCGGUCCCAAAGUGGCAACUUUGAGCAUGGAGGAGAUGGCGAAGGAAAUGAGCGAGCUCCUGGCGAGAGGUCCUCAGGUUCAGGCCAGCAAAGCGGCCGGCGGCGCCAACGGCAAAUAUCAACUCAGCAAGUGGAAGUACGCCGAGCUCAGGGACGCCAUCAACACUUCCUGCGACAUCGAGCUGCUGGCGGCGUGCAGAGAGGAGUUCCACCGCAGGCUCAAGGUUUACCACGCCUGGAAGUCCAAGAACAAAAAGCGCAACGCCAACGCGGAGCUGCGGGCGCCCAAAUCGCUCAGCGACUACGGUGGGGCGGCACCCGUGACAAAAGGCCCCCGGCAGAACCCGGCCCCCCCCGUUCCGGCCCGCCGGCGCGAGGCAUCGCCGGACCGGCAGCAGCGCUUCUUCCGCAUCCCGUUCGUCCGGCCGGCGGACCAGUACAAGGAGCCGCAGGGCAAGAAGAAAGGCUGGUGGUACGCCCACUUCGACGGGCCCUGGAUCGCCCGUCAGAUGGAGCUGCACCCCGACAAGCACCCCAUCGUCCUCGUGGCCGGCAAAGACGACAUGGAGAUGUGCGAGCUGAGUCUGGACGAGACGGGCCUGUCCCGCAAGAGGGGGGCCGAGAUCCUGCCCCGCCAGUUCGAAGAGAUCUGGGAGCGCUGCGGCGGGGUCCAGUACCUGCGCAGCGCCAUCCAGAACCGGCAGGCGCGACCCACCUACGCCACCGCCAUGCUGCAGGCCGCCUUCAAGUGAGCGGUCGCCGGCCGGGCCCCGGCAAGGAGUCGGCAAAUGUGGGUUUUUUUUUCUUGUCCUCUGGUGGUUUUCAUGUCGAGGCCUUAAGUCUGUCGGGACCCUUUUGUGGGCCAGUGGAAGUCGGGAGGCCCCCCCGCGCACCCCCCACUUUGUUUACGGGCUAGGAAGCAGCAUCAGGUGAAAGCUUUUAACUCGUGUGUGAUUAACGGAGGCUGGAGGCCAAACGUGGACGCUGAUGAAUUGCAUUUAAUGAUCACGCCUGCAAAUGUGAAUUAACGACCAAUAAUGAUGAUGAAGUUUUCUCUCACGCUUUUCGCCUCUGCAGCUACAUCUCAAUCAAUUAGAAUCGUGUCAAAAUCUUCAACACAGAAAUACUUGAUUUUGAUCACGGCGGGACCGCCUCGCACAUCAUCAGCUCCACGCUUACACUUCUGUUUGUUGGCCCGGCGUUUUCUUUUCUUUCUUUUUGCCCCAGUAGGCCACUUUUCUCUCAGAUCCCCAAAGCCCGCACGCGAGGGCAAGCGAGGAUCGGUUGUUUUCUGUGCGCCCGGAAUCAGACCAGCUCGCCCCGCGACCCGUCUGGGGAAGAACGCUACAGAAGCUGGAUGGCUGGGUGGUUUUCCAGCAGACAAAAAUCCCAAAUUUACCAUCUCUGUUAUGAAAGACACAAUAAAACGGAAUUUUCAUGUAGAAAUUAAGCAGA